AUGAUAAGUGGGAUUGUACUGUUGGGGGCCCAUGAUAAGAGAGCGUCGUGCAGAUAUGAGAUCGUUUAUAAGCAAGAAGAUUUCAUUUCGCUACACUCCCUCUUCAUCUCUGGACCAGAACACAACGCCCUUGAGAUGAACCCUGGCUUACUCCUCUUCGUUUUGGCUGUGGGGACGGUCUCUGCCCAGCAGCUGAUCAGUCCUCCCUCGCGUGCUUGCCGGGAGCUGGGAGCCAUGAAUAGUGGAGUCAACGACGGAACCUCUGUUCCCAAGUACAGCGCUGGCCAGACAAUAAGGGUGACGGCUCAAGUACCGAACAUGAAAAGUGGAGCAUUUGAGUUCGACCUGUGUCCCAGGGCUGACGCUCAGGACGAGGACUGUCUUUUCAAGUACCCUCUGGAGCUGGCUGAAGGCGGUGGUCAUCAGUUUAAGAUAGAAUCUGAGAAUCCCGGCGGCCAGUACGAAGUAUCACUGUUACUGCCCCAGGGUCUCACCUGUGAGACCUGCACCAUUAUGUGGACGCUGAUCACCAAGCAGUGUGCCCAAGAUCCCUCGUGUUCCUCCAACCAACGCACCGAUCUCUGUGCUGACAUCUCCAUCACCGAAGAGAAAACACGAAAGACAAGAUUUUGGGGCAUGAUCAAGAAGAUUCUCUUUGGAUAAAUCAUCUUGAGAAGAAGAAUGACAGUUUGCAUCCAUAAUGACUCGCAAUGGCCUGAAAUACUCUUUUUCCUUAUUCAUGACGAUUGGAGUUUAUAUAAAGUCAUAAUGAAGAAACUCUAACUUUAUCACACACACACUGUUUAGUUUGGGCACUAAUGAUUUAUAUUUGAGAUAUUCUAAGCGAUUGAUAUUACUAUUAUUAUUAUUAUAAUUAUUAUUAUUAUUAUUAUUAGUAGUAGUAGUAGUAGUAGUAGUAGUAGUAGUAGUUGUUGUAUUAGGAUACUUAAUAUUAAAGUAAUAAAAUGGUGGCGAAGGUGUGGCUAUUGGGGGAGGCUGGAGGCCACGUUAUGAAAAAAAAAGUAAUAGUAGUAGUAUUAUAGCAGUAAUUAUAGUGACACAUAUGAUAGUAUUACAGUAUUUUAUAGUCUGCUGUUAUAUGAUAAUUAUUGUUGCAUGUAGUCAGUUAGUGUGUGACAUAAUAAAGAUUUUGGCAGAGAAAAA